GGGCGGGCUUCUACGAAUAUGGGUCCCUCUCAGGGUCAGUUCAGUGCGGCCUCCAGGAGGCGAAAUACUUGGUGGGAACCACGGUCACGGCCUGCGCGUUCAUUGGGAAGCGGGCCCAAAACCUGUUGUGCCACUAACUGCCCCAACCGGGACGCUCGGCUGAACCGGUUGGUGUCUGAAAUCCGUAACUUAGCCAGACCACCAAUUUGUAACUUGGCCAGACCACCACUUUCAUGGAUUAGUUGGUCAAUCUCUCUUUGUUCUUGCUUCAGAAAUAGUCUUCAAGAAAUCCAGUGCUUCUUUUCAAGAGAUCUGCAGUUCAGUUUGCAGUGUGAGAAGACCCACAGCGACAACUAUCCAGCUGCCUCCCACAACUUUGCUGUCUCACUGCAUUUAUUCUCAGCCAAGGCCUAUGAAUUCAUGAGGAAAACUUUCCUACUGCCAGAGCCAACUAUCUUGCACAUGAUAUGGCUUUCAAAUUUGGAUUAUAAACCAAAAUUCACCCAACAAGCCUUCAAUGUUUGGCAGAGAGACCUCAAGCAGGGAAACUGAGCUUUCAAGUGGUGUGCUCUCCUUCUUGGCACAAGGCCCUUAGAGAUACGAAUCCAUUAUUAUCCUUCCAUCAGGCAUUUGGAAGGCCUGGUGGAUGUGGAUGCUGAGAAUUAUGAUGCUAAUGAGAUACCAAGAGCAGCAGAAGCCCUUGUUGGAUUUCAAAGUCAAUGGAUUGUACCACUUUACUACUUCCUCCUUGCCACCCUUACAACGCAGGUGUUUAGUACAGUACAAGUCCUGCAUUUUGCAGCCAGACUAGGCCUGCCUCAGUUUCGUGGUCACGAAACCACCAUAUUCUUUAUAGAACCGAGUACUGUUUUUGAUGCAUGCAGCAGCUGCAACGCCCAUGGAGAAGGCCUCAGAGCACCACUGUCCUCUACCAAUGCUGUCACUUUUAACAGCCUCUGCAAUGAAUAUGAGAAUCUGCUUCACAAACUAGGCACAACAAUUGCUUAGCUACUGUGGCCAAGCAAUCAUCACUGGGGAUUUUUUGGCUUUCUGUUGAACUUGUGCAGUCUUCAGUGGAUGAUGCAAACUCAACUACUGGCAGAAGACAAACCCAUUACUUGUCUGCUCCCUGGUUGGUGGAUUCUGGAUCCCUUAGAGUGGUAUUGGGGGUGGGGGAUAAGACAUGCAUGUGGCCACAGAGAGAUUACCACCCCAGGGAAAAUCCAAAGUGCACAUAAGCUUAUCUUGAACAGAACUGUUUCCAGUCUGAGCCUUGACUCACCCACCCUAUCUUUAUGCAGACAAAGUUUACAGUUGCAAGUUUUAGCCUCUGGGCAAAUACGGCUGUUGCCCUGGGGUUCAAAGCUUCUCCUAAAGAUGGACAGUAUCAUGUUAUCCUUUCAGACUGAACUUGAGAAGGAUAUAACUACUUCUCUUGCUUGUGCAAUUUUGAGAAAACCGCUGCCAGUCCUGCCCUGUGCUGAGUGUUGUGCUGCACUCCUGAGCCCUUGUAAAGAACUGCCUGUAGGCAGCAGUGCAUUGAUGUGUGUGAAGAGCCAGGGGAGUGACUACCUCCCAUCGAAUGCUGUCAGAGUGAUUUACAGAACCAAGCAAGUGAUUGGCCUUUCUCCCUGGUUCUUCCAAGGCUCCAGCCCAUCCGAUUGCUUAGCACAAGAGUGGGCUAUAUUGGAAUAUGUGACUGAAGAACCUAACCUUUUCUCAUCCCUGAACGAUCAUCCCUUUGGAAGCAGUUCUCAGGUUUCCAACCAUUAUGUCAUUUUGCUGCAGCAACUUGUGCAAACCUUCCUGGAGCUGUGGUUUCAAGUAGAGCAAAAAGCACAGACUAUGCCUUUGAUUCGUGAGUGUAACUGUGUGAAAGAGAUGACAAUAAACAGAGCGGAGAAGUUGCCAACAGCAGCAGCAGGAGUUGGCCCGAGGAUCUACCUGGGCUCAUGAAAUGGUACCAGGCCAUCUGGAGGAGAUGGGAUGGAAUUAAAGAGAACAUUAAUACAUAGGAAAUUCUGAGGCAACCUGAUGAUUAAAAAAAACCGUGACGAUCAAAGCCGAAACUAUGAAGAGCAUUUCUAAAACCAAUCCUUCAAACAAAAUACCAUGUUUGGUAUUUGAAGAAUGUAAUUACAAGGCUUACAGCUUAAGAGUUUCUGUUGUUCAGUCAGAGGCUACUAUAUGGUCCCUAGACAAACAUUUUCUCCUCAGUAGCCUCUCUGUGUCAUAUUAUUGCGAGCUUUUACAGGUUUAGCUUGGAAAUGACAGCUUGAGAGUUUAUUUUAUCGUGAUAAAAUGGGUGAUUGUUUAGGAAUGAAAAUGCCAGCAGCCCAUCCUGGUCACGUGGUUCAAGGUGGAACCUUGCGGGAAGUAUUUGAUCAGGCCUCCUGACCUUUGAUGAAGUGGGAAAUGACCUUUGGAUUUUUGUAAGAUGACCUUUGAAUUUAUGUCUGUUUUUUUAUACAUUUGUUUUUUGGAGUCAAAAUUCUAUUACUGCAUGUUUUACUGUAGCCCUGCUAAUUUAUCAGCCUGGAAUCAAUGACCCGGAAGGAAGGAUGUCAAUGAUUGUUCAGAAGUAUGGAACAAUUUUCCCCUCAAGUCAGAAAUGAAACUUGAUCCUUGUAGCUUGUCCAACAGCUCCAGAAAAUAUGCUUCUGUUUGUUGAUGCGUGGCAGCCUCCCCAUGGGCACCCGGAAUUGUGAUAAACAACAAAAGCAUUUUAUAGAUAAGAAAAUCCUUCCUGCUAGCAGCAUAACUGCUAGCGGGAAUAGUGAUAUUCCUAAUGUAAUGUAAAUAUUUAGUUCCUAUCAAAGCACAGAUCUGGGAAUUUAUUUUUAGGCAACACUGAGGAAAAUCUGAAUUAAACAGAAAUCUGAAUGAGAGAUCCUGUGUUUUUCUACACAGUUCAACAAUGGAGUUUGGUGAACCUCUGGGGAGAUUAGUUUUUUUUUGUAUUUUUAAAGUGCCCUAAUCUUUCCCUUGCAAGAUUUUUCUUCUUUACCCAUCCUACGAUCGACCUGCGGUAAUAAAGCUGAGGCAGCCGCCCAAAUUAGAGCACAGAUCAUCUGACAUUGGUGUUGAUUGUGGAGAAGCAAAGUCCAGCACCAAGUGUGGAGGCCUUUCAUACAGGUCAGCAAACAAGACAGGAAUGCAAGAUUAUUUGUUCCAACAGCUGUGCUUUUAGGAUUUUGGCAAGCUCGCAUGCAUGGCAAAGUUUCAGUGAUGUAAUUUAAUGUGUUGGCAGAGCAGGCAUAGACUACAGCAAGUGGUCUGGACAACUUUGGGCAAGGCUGCAGUGGCCUCAAGCUGAAGCAGUUUGCUGGCAACUAAUAUCAGUGAAAUAUUAUCUGAGCCUGAGGGUUGAGUUCCAGACUUCAAAUUGGUACGUGCUCUGGAGUACCUUAGCUUCCUUGGAGACUCAGUACAACUGAACGUUUUCCCCAGUCAAGUACAAAAACUGCCCCAAGAUUCACAAAUGCUUUCAUCCAGCUGGGGACAGCUGACAAGUCAAUCAGCAGAGGCCUGUGUUUCUUCAAUGACCGAGCUAAGCAAGUUGCCUUAAUUGAAGAAUAUCAUCCCAACAACAAUUAGACCGGGGGUCUUCAAACUUGACAGCUUUACCACUUGUGGACUUCAACUCCCAGAAUUCCUCCUCCAGUCAUGUUAGCUCAAGAAUUCUGGGAGUUGAAAUCCACAAGUCUUAAACUUGCCAAGUUUGAAGGCCCUUGAAUUAGACAAUGACUAGGAUUAGAUUGGAACAAAGGUCAGAUGAAGUGACAAUUGUGGCAAAAGCAAGUAAUGACAUCAAUUAUGCAUAUCAUUAUCAGAACCACUUCAUGAGUCAGUGGGUUAUUUUGGGGGGAGGGGGUUGAUAGUGAGAAAGAGCACUGCAUUUUCGCUAUAUCCUGGUUAUAUGUUCUAAAUGUUUAUAGCAAUAGCACUUAAACUUAUAUACUGCUUCACAAUGCUUUACAGCCCUCUUUAAGCAGUUUACAGAGUCAGCAUACUGCCCCUAACAAUCUGGGUCCUCAGAAGGAUGGAAGGCUGAGUCAACCAUGAGCCGCUCAGAAUUGAACUUUAGUGAGUGAGCAGUAAGUUAGCCUGCAAUGCUGGGGCACCACAGCUCUUCCAAUGGUUUUUUAUUUAUUGGAUGAGUAAGAUGAAUUUUUAACCUAGAGCAAGCUGAUACAGCACUGGCUUAUUUUUUCCAUUAGCUUUUCCCAAAGUAAAGAAACUCUUACUCAAUGUAAAGCUAAUUGCUCCCUAAUAAGCAUUUUUGUGUUGCUUAUUUUUAUUCUUCUCCUAUGUGUAUUUUGCUAUUCAAUCUCUUAGUAAACUAAUCAGAUGGAGCUAGAUUGCCAAAGGGAGGAAGGAAGGGUCAGAAUGUCAAAUUGGGCAAAGCCAGAGGGGUCUAGCACAACUUAUUGUGGCUAACUCACUGCUAUUUCGCCAUGGCCAACUCACCAUGGCCAUCUUGUUGCAACCAACUCAGUGCAGCGAUCUUGCUACAGCCAACUCGCUGCAGGACAAUCAGCAUCAGAUAAGAACACGAUGAAUAUUAUACACCACUGUUUCUUCUACAUCAUUUCAAUUUUUGUCAAAGGAAAUAGUGUUGAAGAAACAGCAGCAGAUAAUAUUUAUCACAUUGAUUUAUUCCACAUAGAAUUGUCCUACAGCAAGUUGUCCCAGCAGUGAAUUGUCCCAUGUUGAGCUGGCAGCAGUAAGAUGGCCACUGAGAGAUGGUUGCACUGGGUUAGCUGUGGUGAGUUGUCCCUGACAAGCUGUCUCAUUCCAAAGUCAGAAUGUCAAACUGAAUUGGAAUAUUCGAAAUAAGCUUUUGCUGAAAAGCUGAAUUAUUCCUUAAUAAUAGGACUAACCACAUCUGUGAUACAAAAAUUCAGGCAGUAGAUAGAAUUAGUGACUUGUGAGUUUUCUGUUUCUCUUUGGUAUCAACCAGCAAUCAUCUGAGGUUCUGCAUCCCUGAUAUAAAAAUAAUCCAACCAGGGCUUGCUCAUUUGGUUUCACUAAAAUGUUUCUAAAUUGUCGUUUCAAUAUGAAUAUAUUCAAAUCAUUUGCUGCAUUUCAUUAAGGAUGUAAGGUAGGCUACAUAUUUUAAAUUGUAUUUGAAAUCAUUAAGGCAAAUACUGUAUUAUUUGAUCCAGUAUUUACAUUUAAAAGCAAUUAUUAUUUAAAUACUACAGAAAAAAAGCUUAAAAUGAAUUUACUAUCUUACAGUACAUAAUUAUGCUUGAAUAACUUAUCCCUCAACUAUGACACUGGGUCAAAAUUUAACUUCCUAAUAUUGGGUGUGGGGAGUAAUAGCUUGCAUGGCUUUUUCUAAUUCAGUUAAGGUGGCUCUAUAAUUUUGAUCUAGGAGUAAUUUUAAAUUAUUCUUCCAAAUUUAUUUUUAAAGCAAUAGCUAGGAGGACAAUGUUGAAUUGACUGCAGUUAUGUUAAAUUCUCUACCCUGCCCAACCCCAAAUAGAUAUUUUCCCUCUUUAAAGAAUCCUUUCCUUUCCAUUCUUCUGCAGUACACAGGAGAUUCAGAAAAUGUUACAUUUCUUUAUUAGAAAAAAAAAUCAGCACAUUUCUAGAUGUUUAAAAUGAAGCACUGGUUACAAGAAAAGAAUAUCCCCGGAAAGGUCCAGAUUAUUUCAUUUGUUUCUUUUGUAUGCAAGUCAGAAGCCCGUGAUUU